CCUUGACACCGCAUCUCACCAAGCGCGUCAAGAAGGAGUAAUUGUUGACAUUAUCCUUUUGUCAAGUUGUUAGUAAGUGCCAUGUCAUGUAUUCUAAUCACCUCCCUCCUGCCACUACAGCAGCUCUUGCAACGGAUGGGCAUCGCAGGUAUAAGUAUCUUCGACAUGAUCUCUUCAAUGCGAAUCAGAACAUCCAGUCCAACCCCUCUCAUACUCUCAACCACCUGAUCAAAGUCAAAAGCCUACCUUCAUCACAUUCACAAUGACAAUGCGCGAAGCAAUCGUCUACGCCGGGCCGAGAGUCGAAAUCAUCGACUCUCCCAUCCCCAAAGCUCAACCGGGCCAAAUAGUCACCAAAGUCGUCGUGAGCGCCGCAAACCCCAAGGAUUGGAGACGACCCGCCCGCCUCCCCGACGAACCAGCCAUCAAUCAAGGCGACGAGCACGCCGGCUACGUGCACGAAGUCGGAGAGGGAGUCACGGAAUUCAAAGUCGGCGACCGCGUCGCUGCCCUCCACGAAAUCACCAAGUCCGGCGGCAGCUAUGCAGAGUACGCCGUCAGCUGGGCCCACGCUACCUUUCACUUGCCCCCAAACACGAGUUUCGAGGAGGGCGCUACCGUCCCCUUGACCGCCAUGACUGCCGCCGUCGGCCUGUAUGCCAAACUCCGCCUGCCGGAGCCUUGGCUACCCGCUGAGAAGGAGAUUCCGCUCGUCAUCUAUGGCGCCAGUUCGGCGGUUGGCUACUAUGCCGUCCAACUCGCGUUGAAGUCGAAUAUCCACCCCUUGAUCUGCGUCGCUGGCCGGGCCUCCGAGCGCGUGCAGAAACUCCUCGACCCCUCCAAAGGCGACACCAUAAUCGACUACCGCGGCGGCGAAGCAGCAGUCGUCCAAGGCCUCAAGGACGCCCUGAAAGGCCGCAAGCUCGAAUACGCCUACGACGCCGUGUCAGAGAAUGGCAGCUACCAGAACAUCGCCCAAGUCAUCGAUCACCACACCGGAGCCAUUACCGUCGUGCUGGCUGGCAAGAAGUACGACGAGAUUCCCGAGUCGAUCCAGAAGCCCUUUACCUUCGUUGGGUUCCUCUUCUCCGAUUUGAAGGAUUUUGGGUAUGUCUACUUCCGCUACUUUGAGAGGGGGUUGGAGGAGGGGUGGUUGAAGCCGCAGCCUCAUGAGCUGGUUCCUGGCGGGUUGCAUGGGGUUCAGCAGGGCUUGUUGAAUUUGAAGGAGGCGAAGUCCAGUGCGGUCAAGUAUGUGUUCAGGAAUGAAGAGCAGUAGGCAGAGGAUGUGUUGGAGAGGUCAUUACGAUUUACGAUGAUUCGAGAGAUAGACCGGC